AUGGGUUUCAAUCAACAUUGGGUGCCACUGAUAAUGUUUUGUGUGACUAUGAUUACUUACAAUGUCACUCAUGGAGGUCAUUCAAUGGGGCCUAUCACUUCGGGUAGAGGAUUGCGACAAGGAGAUCCGCUAUCUCCUUAUUUGUUCUUGAUAUGUGCGGAGGGUCUUUUGUUGUUGUUAAAACAUUAUGAAAGACAUCAUUGGUUGACUGGAUGUCGUGUUGCUAGAAGUGCUCCUAUGGUCUCUCAAAUACUUAUUGCGGAUGAUAGUUAUGUGUUUUGUAAGGCCAAUGAGAAUGAAGCUCAGAAUGUGCUUCAACUUUUGCAUAGUUAUGAACUUGCUUCGGGUCAACAAGUAAAUUUUGCUCAGUCUUCUGUCUUUUUUAGUUAG